AUGCAAGAUUUAUUUUUUUCAGAGCCGGUGAUAAAUGAUGGCGAAUAUACGGUUUUCGUCGGCCGCUGGACCGCAUGUUCAAUGGGGGAGGAAGAAUCUGAUAAAACUAUUAAAACGAAUAAUAACCAGCCAGAUACUGAUUCCUUAGUACACACACCGCGUCUGGGACUUCAGAUGAGGCAAGUCCAAUGCCGCAGAAAGGACGGCCAGUUUGUCGAGCCCUUAUUCUGCGGCAUCGCUAUCGCUAAUAUCGGAACGACACGAGUUUGUGUAAUGAAUGAAGAUUGUGUUCUGGCGGACUGGUUGCCUUGGCGACCGCGAUCCGAUGGCUCACUCGUUCGGACAAGACGAUUACGGAGAUUGCCACAGGGUGCUGGUAAAGAAUGUGACGUGGUUGAAGAGGUUCGUCCUGCUCUUUUGGAAGCGAGUGCUCAUUGGACUCCUGGACCCUGGGGCCCUUGCCGCAUUGCUAUUGAUCAACCAGCUGCUCUACCGCCUUCCAAUGACGACGAUGACGAUGCCGAUGACAACGACGCAAUCUACGACGAGGAUGAUGACGAAUCAGACGAGGGCGAGAGAGACAGUGAGGCGAGGUGCGGGGGAGGCGUGCAGAGACGGGAGGCGACGUGCGUGCAAGCCGACGGACGAACCCUGCACCCCGCGCAAUGUGCGCAUGCUCAGCUGCCCACCCUUGUGCAGCCUUGUGAAGUACCUUGCCCGCGUGACUGUCAAGUAGGCAAGUGGUCCGAGUGGGGAGCCUGUCAACCUGCUGAUGGAUGUCCUUUGUUCCCCGUUCAGCAACUUACGACUACAGGUUAUAGUGUCCGCCGUCGUCGCGUGAUAGAAGCAGAAUCAGGAGGCGGAGCGCCGUGUCCUCCUUUGGAAGAAAAACGCUCGUGUACGGCACCGCGUUGCGCGGCGUGGAAGGCAUUACCGUGGGGACCCUGCGUGCUCUCUCAACCCCACACUACGUGUGGGCCAGGGAGACGAACGAGGGAGCUCCGAUGCAUUGGACAUGAUGGAAAGGAAGCUCAGCGCGCUUGGUGCGGUACCGGCGCCCCCGCGCGCAGUGAGCGCUGCCGCAUCGCGUGCCCGGGCGACUGCGUGGUGUCGCCGUGGGGCGCGUGGUCGGAGUGCUCUGCGCCGUGCGCCGCUCCGGGGAACCCCCGCCCCACGCGCACGCGCCGCCGACACAUACUCUCACACGCUGCUCCUAAUGGUUGGCCAUGUCCACCAGAAGACCAGCUCGUUCAGAACGAGACUUGCAACAUGCACGCUUGCGCCACGUACUCGUGGCUGGCCACGCCCUGGGGCCCGUGCGAGAGAGCCCGACAGGUCUUCAUGGCCGGCAUCAACUACACCAUCUUACAUGACGACGAUCCAUUUAACGAGAGCGACAACGACGAACCGUGUGUGGCAGAAGGUGAAAUGAGGAGAGACGUUAUGUGUGUACAAAACAACGCAGACGUCGUUCGUGAAGCAUUAUGCUCUCCCCUCCGCCGGCCAGCUUCGUGUCGCGAGUGUACGGUACGCUGCAAGCGAGGCUGCAGGGUCGAAUCUUGGAUGCCGUGGUCACCUUGCCCCAAUACUUGUAAUCCGGGGAAGCAAGUCCGAGUGCGCACCGUGCACGGCGGGCCGAACUGCGGGCCGGUGCAGGAGUCGCGCGACUGCCCCGUGGCGCACACGUGCGGCGGGCGCGACGCGGCCUGGGCGGCCGGCGAGUGGGGCGCCUGCCGCCUGCCGCCCGCCCAGCGCUGCGGCGCGGGCUACCGGCGCAGGAGUAUAUGGUGCGGGUCGGACUCGCACCGCGUCGAGGCGGGCGCGUGCGCGGGGCAGCCCGUGCCGCCCGCCGUCGCCGCCUGCACCGUGCCCUGCGAGCCCGCCGAGACACUCACUUGUGACGUCGUCUGCGCUAACCCUCUCAAAUAUCUGGAUGCGUCAGAUCCCGAUAUUCCAUCAUGCAUAUGUAAAAAUGUGACACUGGAACUUCUGCCCGCCGAUUCAGACUGCAUUCUACCUCCAGGGAUGGAAUGUGGGGAAGGGAGGUCUUUACGAGCAGCUCGUUGUCUGGUAGCUGAUCGUGAUGUGCCGAUGGACGUGUGCAAGAAAUAUCAUCCUCUUACUGGACCUCAUCGUGUCCGUGAAGCGGCGACAGACGGUUUUACGUAUGACGAAGAGUUUAGUGCUCUCCUGCGAGGAACAUGUAGUGUGCGUUGUGCAAGGGACUGCGCGUUAGGACCCUGGACUGCUUGGGGCCCCUGCGCUGCCGAACCUGGCUCUAAGGCGGCUUUCAGAUUCAGAACUAGGGAGGUGAUCGAGGAGGGCUCGGCGGGCGGGCGCGAGUGCGGCGCCACGCUGCAGCGCUCGUCGUGCGCCGUGAGCGCGCCGCGCUGGCGCCUCGGCGACUGGUCCGCGUGCGCGCCGCGCCGCGCGCUCUGCGGCCGCGCCGUCAUCAACCGCACCGUCACGUGUGUAGACGGAGACGGAAACAAGCUAGAAGACAUGACGUGCGAGACUUCGGGUGCGGGCCCUGCGCCAUCGCGCGAAGCGACUUGCCGCGCGCCCUGCCCCGCCGACUGCGUCGUCAGCUCUUGGUCAGAGUGGAGCCCUUGUGAACAGACGAAGUGGGGCGGUCGGCGCGACCGCACGCGCGUGGUGCUGCGCGCGGCGGACGAGGGCGGCGCCGCGUGCCCGCACCUCGUGGCCGCCGAGCCGUGCGCGCCGCACUCCUACUCCUGGCACGUGGCGCCCUGGGACGACUGCCAGCCGCUAGGUGGUUCACCAUGCGGAGAAGGAGCAAAGUCACGAACAGUACGCUGCCUUCGCAAUGACGGAACCUUCGUGAACGAGUCAUUCUGCCCCGAAAAAACAGCUGCUGAAGCUGACGAGUCCUGGUGCUACGUACCUUGCGGUGUGGACUGUGAAGUGGGAGAGUGGAGCGCGUGGGAUACCUCCGCCUGCUCCUGUGGUGACGCCUCGUCCACACGACACAUGCGACGCGUACGGCCGCACCUGACGAGCGCCGUGUGGCCGGGCCGCGGCUGCCCCGCCACGGAGCAGCGCGCGCCGUGCCCGCGCCAGCCCUGCCUGAAACUCGUCUCGCGCCCACUGUUAGGCUGCCAUGUACAGACAUCGUCGGGCGAGGAAGCCGACACGGCAUGCGGUUGGGGGGUGAAGAUAUCGCACGCGCGCUGCGUGCUGACGAGCACCACGGAUGAGCCUUCUCCGGACGCAUUCCUGGAACCCUGGCGCUGUGCCUCCGCUUUCCCAGGCAGGAUCAUCGCACCACUGUUACACCAUCAGGAGGACGAAGAAUGUGAAGUGGAAUGUGGCUGCAAGGAGUCCGAGUUAGGCCAGCCGGGUCCGUGGGGCACGUGGGGGCCGUGCCGGGGUGGUGCCAGGUCUCGCACCAGGCAACUUCUGAUACCGCCGCAACGAACCUGCAGGACCAGUUCUAGGUACAUAACGAUCGAGUGGGCGAACUGCACGGGCGACGCGGACGAGCUCCCCGCGCUGCUGGCGGGCGAGCGCGACGACACGCCGCGCCGCUCCCGGCUCGGCCACAGAAACGUCUACCACGACGGAUACCUGCAGGGAAGCACUUCUGUCCUGACAGUUGUAUGGACGGCAACCAUUAUUCUCACUUGCUACGGCUCUUAUAUGCUGUAUCGUGGAGUUCUCAGGUGCAUCAGAAGCAGGAAACUGAAGGCCAUUACGAAAGUUUAAGCCAUAGAUGAAAGAAUGGCUAUUGCUUUUCCUGAUUACGCGAUCUCGCUAAUUUCAGGCUCUCUAUGACCAACCUGAAUAGUGCAUGUUUUUACUUGUUGAAUAAACAUUUUAGUGUUGUGUUGUUUUUAUAAUUUAUUAAAACUGUAAUACUGUUA